AUGGAGAUGAAAUCUCUCUGUAUCUUUGCCCCCUACGCGCUUAUGAUUCUCUGUGGAUUAGUCAAAUGGUGCGAUUCCCAUCCUGCAACUAUUUCGGAAAUUGAGGUGCCCGAUUUGGCAGCCACAACCAUGGAAGGAGACGUCAAUUCCAGGGAAUUAAAAGCUGGCAUUGCUGACUUCAACAGUGGUCACAAGGCAGAUCCUUCAUUGAACAUACUGAAAAACGUUGAUGCAGAUAAAAAUCAAAAUGCUGCGAAAGCUGGUGAAGACUUCAAAUCAUUGGCCGGCGAUGAUGCAAGAGUUAGCCCACCCGGCAAAGAGGGCCAACCAAACACACCGGCUGAAGGAGAAAAGAAGUCGUUCCUGAAGAAAAUUCGAUCCUUCUUUAGGGACGGGCCCGUCAAAUUCUGGAAAAAAAUCAAGCAAUGGUUCUCAAAGGCAAAUAUCUUCAAACGAGAUGACAAGAAACUCGUCAAAAUCAAGAGUUUUUUCAGAAAAAAUUGGUUCAAGGGUCCUAAACCCAAGAAAUCGGCGGUAGCGAAAUCUGCCAAAGAAAUUCCUAGCCCAAUGCAGCCCCAGGAGGAUAAGGCAGUGAGAAUUGAAAAGAUGGAAGAUAAAAUCCCGUCAAACAACAAAGAAGUAGAAGUGAACAAUCCAGAACCAAUUCCUUUGGCUUCAUCCCUCGACCAAUUGGAGGACAAGGCAGGGGAAAUUGAAAAGAUGAAAGAUAAAAUCCCGUCAAACAUCAAAGAAGUAGAAGUGAACAAUCCAGAACCAUUUCCUUUGGCUUCAUCCCUCGACCAAUUGGAGGACGAGUCAGUGGGAAUUGAAAAGAUGGAAGAUAAAAUCCCGUCAAACAACAAAGAAGUAGAAGUGAACAAUCCAGAACCAAUUCCUUUGGCUUCAUCCCUCAACCAAUUAGAUAAACCGCAAGUGGACAUCAAACCAUCUAAAUUGGUGUUUUUAGAUGAGAAAGCUGAAGAAGUCAUCAUAUCUGUGGAAGAUAUACUAAAAAGACACAAUGUUCAUUUAGAUGAGGAGAGAAAAUCUCUCUUAGAACAAAAAAUAAAAAAUCCUACCAUCAUACAGGAACCGAUCUCUCCCUUGACAACCCCCGCCAAAGAUUACAAGGAAUUCCUGGAGUACACCGAGAGAUCCUUGCGGGAUGUAAAUGAAAGAUAUUCUAUUUAUGUAGAUAUCAUAGAGAAAACUCUCAUAGAAGAAGCCCGACCAAAACUUUCAAAAACCAGGACACCAGUUUCCCAUUUGGAGUCUUCCUCUAACAACUUAGAAAUAUCAGAAGCAGUAGCACCCACGGCAGAAUCUCGAUUGGUGUUAACAAACACAGAAGUCAACUUACUGGAGACAGCUGAGAGGAUACUGGACAAUGCAGUGACCAGAAACUUGGCCUCUAUAAAUUCUUUGCAGAAAGUUAUUCUGGAAGUAAAUAGGGACCCUUCAAGCUUUGGUGAAAAGACACUGGCUGAAUUAUUUUUGAUAAAAGAAACAGUUGAUAAAGCCUUUGCAAGUCACAAUAAAAUUUAG